AUGUUUGGCAAACCUAGCGGAGCAGCCUUUAAUUUUGGGAAUACUUCAACCCCAACAAAUACCCCAGCUUCCUCUACCACUAACCCAUUGGGACAAAGCAACCCAUUGAACAAUAACUCAAUUAAUAUUGGUACUUCGACACCAAGCCCAUCUGUUGGAUUGUUUAGUAAUAGUAGCAAUAACCAGCAGAAUGGGGGAUUAUUCGGGAGAACUGCUAAUGGACAACAAAGUUCCGGAUUAUUUGGAAAUAAUGCCUCAGCUCAACAAAAUAGCAACCUAUUUGGCAACUCCUCUUCCACACAACAGAAUGGAGGUCUGUUCGGAAACACAAACUCUACGCAACAAAGUGGAGGUUUAUUUGGUAACAAGCCACAACAGCAAACAGGUGGUCUAUUUGGCACAUCUACUGCAGCAACCAAUAAUGUAGCAAAUUCUGGAUUAUUUGGUUCAUCUAACACUUACAAAACACAAACCACUGGGAGCUUGUUUGAUAACAAACAGGGAUCGUUAAAUAUAGCAAAUUCUGGUACUGGUUUAGGCCUGGGGAAUAAAACAGCCGGACUUUUUGGAAACUCUUCUAAUACUAACAACACUUCAGGAUUAUUUGGAAAUAAUCAACCAAGCGGACUUUUUGGAAACAGCUCAACAUCAAAUAAUAUCUUAAUGAAUAAGCCGAUCACAAACAAUCUAGGAGCCAAUGGGCAACCACAAAACAAUGGAAUUCUACCAACCUCUAAUCCAUAUGGGUUCACCAUGAGCUCUAAUACUACUCCCUUAACAACGAUGCCAGAACCAUUAACUGGCACAUUAAUCAAAGAGAACUCUAUAAACACUGAAAAGGGCGCUUCGAAUAACAAGAGAUCCGCUUCUAUGUCUUCUGCUGCACCUAAGAAUACUUCUAGUUACGGUCAAAGUACUCUAAUUAGCAAGCUAAGCUCACGUCUAAGUUCAGGGCAGGCCUCCAAAGCUAUUCAAGGUGUAUUUUCUCCUUCCUCUGUAAAACCAUGGCUUGGCGAACAAACGAGUAAACCCAAUAGGCCGACAGAUCUUAAAGACAACAUUUUAGGCCUAACAGUUAUACAGAACAAUAGCAAUAAGAAAAUUAGAGAUAUAUCUAACCAGAGGGAAAAUUUAUCAGAACUUAGAAAACUAAAGAUCGACAGCUCUCGAAGUGCAUCUAAAAAGUUAAAACUCCUUUCAGGCGGUUCUCAUGUUACUAAAUCACAAAAUCUUGACAUGACAGAAGGAGCGCGUAAGCAGAAUCCUUCAGCCGAUACUGCGAGAAAUGAUUUUUCUCCAAGCUCUGAAUUGAAAUCCUAUUCCAUCCCUAAAAUGCCUUUGAAUGACGAAAAUGUUAAUAAGAAUAACUCUGAUUAUUGGUGCACUCCUUCUCCAGAACAAUUAAGAUUACUAACCUCUGACCAACUUUCCUCUGUUUCUAACUUUGUUAUUGGAAGAAGAAAUCAUGGUUAUAUAACCUAUUCAAUGCCAGUUGAUUUACGAAAAUUUUCCGAUAAUUUUGAGAUCAAUUUAUUCGACAAUAUUGUAAAAUUCAGAUCAUCAAAAACUGUAGAAGUAUACCCAAAAAAUACUGAAAAACCACCAGUCGGAUACGGAAUAAAUGUACCUGCAGUCAUUACUCUAGAAAAUGUCUACCCGAUAGAUAGGAAAACAAAAAAGUAUAUUACCGACUCUUCACGUUUGACAGAGUUUCAAAAGUUUGCACAAAAGCUGAGAUCACUUCGUGAUAUGGAAUUUAUAUCAUAUAAUCCAUUUGGUGGUGUUUGGACUUUUAAAGUCCAACAUUUUAGUAUUUGGGGUUUAGUUAAUGAAAGCGAUGCUGAAAUCGAUGAAGACGACGAUAUGGAAGAUAUAUUAGACAUUAAUAAGCUUUCUCCACAAUCAAACGAAUCGCAAUUAAAUGUUUCUGCUAUCAAUACAGGGAAUCUUAUUGACGAGAAAGUAUAUGAACCAGACAUAGAGGAGGAAGACUUUGAAGGAUUAGAACAAAAUGAGAUUCUAGACGUUGCGAAAAAUUGGGAUGAACAGUUAAGGCUUGCAAACCAAGGGCGUAGGUCCAUAUUCUUAUUGCCUACGGAUAGAGCUGAAAAUGAACUUGAUUUAUUGUUAAGUAACUUCAAUGACGCAAAAAACAAGACUAGGGAAAUUGAACAAGAAAGACGUCUUAACACAAAGAAAUACAAUCCUUGCAGUUUUGGAAAUGGUCACUUAGUUAUUGGAGAUAAUAGAUCAAGAAAAAUUCUAAUCACUAACCAAGUUUUAGUUAAGGAUGAAUUACCUGCUGUAUUGACGGAUAGAACAAUUUUUGAUAAUGAGCUAAAGACCACAUUAAUUCACAGUAGAUCAUCUAACAAUUACCCAUGUGUUUUUAAAAAGGAGUUGAUCUUCAAAGAUGUACUUCAAUGCAUACUACCUACAAGUGAAUCAUACAAGUUGUGGAAUUUCUCGUCCAUCCUAUUUGAUCCAAUCCAAAUCGAUUGCCCGAUGGAGGCGAAAGAUGCAACUUUGAAAUAUAAAAGAAGGGACAACAUUUGUAACUGGAUAAAAGAUCACGUUAGGGAUAAUGUAUAUCAAAAGAUAAAGGUUUCAACAACUCCUUUGGAAAAAAUAUUUUUGCAUCUAUUGAUAAAUGAAAUAGAAACUGCUGCAAAAAUAGCAAUAGAUAGCGACAAUUCUCAUUUGAGCAUAUUAAUAUCCAUGCUAGGGUCUAAUGAUCCCAGACUGAAAGCCCUUGCUCAUACCCAGAUCGAACAAUGGUCUGGCAUUGGUUCUAAUGUUGAGAUCUAUGUUGCAAAGAUUUAUAAAUUAUUAAGCGGUGAAUUAUUUAAAGGUCCAUUCUCGCUUAUUGAAAAUGCUGAGGAUGUGAACUGGCUUGUUUUAGUGGGUGCCGCCUUACAUUAUGGUGAAGUUGACGAACUUUCCUUGGAGGACUUAAUCGGCAACAGUAUGGCUUGUCUGUCAGAUCAUUGUUCAGGCGUUUUUUAUCUCCUACUAAAACUAUUUUGCUCAACAAGAAAUGCUGAUCAAGUAUUACAGGAAAUACUAAAAGAAUCCAAUGCACUUGGCAUCGACUUUUUAUGGCAUUGUUUACAAGCGCUUGAAAGCAAUGGUAUUGCAGAUAUUAACAAUCCUUUUUGUGAUCAAAUCACUGUGCAAUAUGCACAAAACUUAGAAUUAUCUGGCCAUAUUCCUGAAGCACUCUACAUUUGUGCACAUAUUAAAGAUGACCAUUUGGCCAAGAAACUGUUUGAAAGUAUCAUCUUUAGUAACAUUCACCAUCUGACUUUAGAUGGUAAGCCUUUAGCAAUCAUGUCGAAGUUAAUGGUUCCUAAUGAAGUUAUUUAUCGAUCCAUGGCUCAAUAUGCUAAGUACAGAAAGUGCCACCAAGAAGAGCUCGAAUACCUUUUAAAAUCUAAAGACACAAGAUUAGCCAAAGAGGUAUUUAUUACAAAGGUUGCCCCAAGUUAUAUUUUAGGUAACGAUGACUCAAAAUUGUUAUCCUUAACAUCAAUGUUAGAGCAAUUUGACAGAAAUAGUACACAACGAAAUGAUCUAAAGGUUUAUGAUUAUUACAUACAAUUCAAAAAAAAUUCAGAGAAUAGUAAUAUUAUAAAGAGUUUGGCAUCAGAAUUACCCCAAUUCUAUUCUAAACACCAAAUGUUUGAGAAUGUUACCGCCUGUUGUAACAUUAUCUCAAAUAAUGUUUUAAGCGCGGUGUUAGAUCUUGAUAAUGAUUCAAAGACUAAGGAGUUUUCAAACCUAGUUUGCAACAUGCCCUUAGGCCAACCCGAAAGGAAAUACGCCACACUUCACUUCUGUUCCAGAACUUAG